AUGAGUUUUGAAAAUAAUAUUUUUGUUGCAGUUGGAGCUGGGGCAGGUGGAUGUAAUGGAGUCAAAGGUUCUGAUGGCGACGGCCAAAUUGUAAGGACAUCCCAUGGAAGGAGUAAUGAAAAAUAUUUUGAAAAAGAUUAUAAAAUUCAAGGAUUUCUUCCAAAUCAUGAAGGGGGAGAUGGUUUAUUUGCCAGUUUCAUAUCUCCAGGCGCUGGUGGUGGAGCUGGUUGGUUUGGUGGGGCUGGUGGCUAUGUUUGGAAGCCAGAUAGUUGCCAUGGAAGAGGUGGGACUACUUCUUAUAUUCUGCUAUCCAAUUUAUCAUUACUAAAUGAAAGUUUCGAGUACAUUGAAGAACCUCAGAUAUUUAAUGGAACUGAGACAGAUAAUCAUGAACAUGAAAAAAUAACCAUAGAUACAAUAUACCAAUGUCCAGAAGGAUGUUCUUUGUGCAACUCAUCGAUAAUAUGUUCCAAAUGUUAUGAUGGAUACUAUCUCUAUAACAAUAGUUGCUAUGAGAAUUGUUCGAGUGUAAAUUCUCAUCUUUUUGGUAAAGAUGGUCAAUGUUUUGAGUGUGAUCCUAACUGUGCCACGUGUGUUGGUUCUGCUACCGAAUGUUUAUCAUGUAAUUCAAAAUAUUAUUUAACAUCUGAAAAUGAUUGUCAAAGAUGCCCUGAAGGAUGUGAAGAAUGUAAGUCGAGUUCAAAAUGUAUCAUGUGUACAACUGGUUUUAUACAUAAAGGUGAUAAUUGUUACUGUUCCAAAGGAUAUUAUUCUUCAAAUGAUCGAUGCCAAGAAUGCGAUCCUAUUUGUGAAACGUGUUCUGGUUCAAGAAAUAACUGUACAUCAUGUCGCUUUGGACAAAUUCUGAAAGAAAAUAUGUGUAUUAAUGCAACACAAACAGUCUGUUUAAAUUGUUUUACUGCACGAGAAUCAUUAAUUAAAUCCUUCAGAAAACGAAGAUAA